CCCUGUUAUCAGCUGUAGUGUUCUUUAAGCACACACAUUCACACUAAAAAAAGUUGUCAAACGCAAAAUAUACAAUUAGAAAAGAAAGGAAAACAUCGUGAAAAGCAUACAGCAACGAAAAAGCCAGGAACUAAAUUGUGUGCGAAUUUUCGUGCGCUAUUUGUUUUACUUGACUUGAAUUACUAAUUAAACAGAGCUAGUGAUCAUAUUACUAAUGUGACAAUAAGCUAAUGAUGUCAAAAUUGCAAAAUUUGUGUGAAAUUACAAGAAAAGUGAGAAAGAAUUGCGCAAUAGUGUUUUAAGUGGAAAUAACAAAAAAAGAACAACGGUAAAGAACAGCAACAUCAACUUCACAAAAGCAACAAGAGACAAGGAAGCACACCAUCGUUGGAGGCACGCACUCCCAAGGCGUGUUUAAUUGAAAAGCAGAUUUUUAAGAAACAUUUUUUACCUCAACCAGUGUUUUACAUUAAAGUUGGGCAGAAUUUGUCGGCCCUGUUUACUUAAAAGGCUGUGAAUAUUUCACAGGUGUGGUGUGUGGGCGGUAUUGCGGCAGCGACUGAAGCAGGUGAAGUCACAGCUGCAUACACACACACUUGGGUCAAAAACCGCUCUUUGUUGCUCAACAAGAACAAUUGCUCCAUUAUGGAAGUAAAAGAUGUGUUGCAUCGUGAGGGGCGAGACGCGAAAAAUUUACUUAUCUACCAAUUUCGCGACGAUCAACUGCCAACCGAUGGCUGCCAACCCGCUACGGGAAAAACUUCACCUUUGUCGCUAAACGUACGCAAGCCGCCAGUUGCACCCUCGAAGUCACCCAACUCGCUCAAGGGCGCACUUUCGCCUAUACAUACUGCGAAAGUGCAAAAGACUGGGCCGCGUGUGCGUAGUGCUUCAACAGGCCGCGACAAAAAAUCAGAGCUUCAAGCACGUUACUGGGCGUUGUUGUUUGGCAAUCUGCAGCGCGCUGUCAAUGAAAUCUAUCAGACAGUAGAGUGCUGUGAGAACAUAUCAUGGUGUCAGGAGGCGAUUUUGGUGCUCGAAAACUAUGUGCGCGAUUUCAAAGCGCUCAGUGAGUGGUUCAAGGUUUCAUGGGAUUACGAGUCACGGCCUUUACAGCAGCGACCGCAUUCGCUUGCGUGGGAAGUUCGGAAAAGCAAUCCGGCACCACGUGUACGUGCUAAAAGUUUAACUAGUCCCACUAUGUCGGGCAAGUCAAGUCCUUCAGCAUGUCUGUGCGCGUCAGGAAAGUCAUCACCCUGCUGUGGGGACUCGGCAUCACCACGCAAAAGCUUGCGCGCAUGUGAUCCGCUACCAAAAGGUGCUAUGCGCGUUAAUGUGCGUGAGCUAUUCGCCCCAAGUAAAACUGGAACGGGUAGUGAACGUUCAUCAGAUGCGUCAGAUUCAAAGAAGUGCAUAGAGACUGAAUCGGACGCCCAUGUAGAGGCCGAACCGAUGGAUUUGCCAAAUAGGUGCCAUCAGUAUGCGCAGACUGAUCUUGAAGAUGAUCAUUUGACUUUGGCAGAUGUAAGAAUGAAGAUGCAAAGAGAAGCCGAGGAACGACAGAUGGCUGAGCAUGCAGAGCAAGAACGUUUGUGGCAAGAGGAAGAGUUUGAAAGGCAACGCCAUUUGGAACACCAACAGUGGCAACGCGAGCGGGAACUGGAGAAGGCAGAGCAACACUUGAUUGAACAGCAGCAGCAGCAGCAGCAGUUUGAGGAGGAGCACAAAGUGACAAAUGAACAGAUGCAGCAAGAAACACAGAAGAACUUAGUAGGUGCGCCAGCUGUGGAUGUGCUUGUAGGAAAUGGAAACGAAUCUAGCGCCACGGAUACUGAUGAUUCACAUUUUGGCAUUCAUCGUGAGCCAACGGCAUUAGAGAUGACUGUGCAACGGCUGAAUCAGAUGGAGAACGAUAUUCUGCUCAAAGAUGCUAAUAAAAUGCCAACUCCACCAACAGCUGAACUGAAGAAGGUAGAGCCCAUAGCUGACAUAAAACCUACUGCCCCCGCUGCCGUGCCAGAUGCUGCGAAGAAAGCAGCCGCACCAGUGCCCGCGACAGCUCCAAAUGGUCCUCUAAAGUAUUCCAGUGUGUUGAAUCGUCCUGCUGCUGCGCGCGCUGCAACUGUGAAUGCAUCAAAGCCAUCAAUUGCGGCACGUCCUUUAGCCACUGUUUCGGCAGUUAAUAAACCAGUGCCAUCACAAGCGCAGAAGUCUGCGUUCAACACCAGCUUACGCCGCUCUGCCACUCCUGCCGCGUUGGGAAAAACUUCAGCUACGCGUUUAUCAGCCGGAGGAACAGGCUCCGGCCCCGGAGUUGGCGGACGCUACAUGACGCCACGUCCAUCCAGUAAGACCGACAAUUAUGGACCGCCAACACAUGUCGCUUCACGCUUGUCAGCGCGUUCGCGCACUAUGAUUGAAAUGCAGCCAAAGGAACAAAAGUCACGCGCUGAACGUCCACAACAGCCACAACGUUAUGCACCUACGGCGGCGUCCUCGAGAAAAUCCUCGCGCGAAGAUAUUGGCAGCUCAAGCUCAACGCUGAAAGCGAGCACAGAACUUAUAUCGUCCUCAAGAAAUAGCCUAUCGCAGGCCGCUGCCGGUGCUGUUCACAUAGACGAACGUCGUUCGGAGCCGAAACAGUUGCCGUCCGAAGCUAACGAUGGUUGGUUUACAGUGAAAAAUCGGCGUCGCUCCAGCAUGCAUUGGGCCAAUCGCUUCAGCCAGCCAACAGGAUAUGCCAGUCUUCCAACAUUAGCGCUCUUCAACGAGCAGUUAGCCGAAAAGGAAGAACACCAGCGCCACAAAAACAUAGCACCAAAGAAGGAGCCAACGCCAGAAAAUAGCAACGCUACCAACUCCACACAACCAACGGCGAAACAAGCGAAAGCACUCAAAGCGCAAAAGAGCGCAGAAAAGCCGUUGAAAAGUGUGACGCGCCCGGAAAUAAAAAAUGCCAAGGCAAAAGUUAAUUCACUGCCUGUACCGCGCAAAAAUGCCACUGCCACAUCACACGCGUCCGCAACGCAGCGUAGUGGAGGCAGCGCUAAUGGCGCCAAUUCGGCACGCGCCUCUCAUGUGCCAACACGCGAGGCGAUUAUUAAGCGGCAGAAGUCUGAUUUGACGGGUCUGAAGAUGACUUCAUUGCAUAAGGAAUAUAUGCGGAGCGAGAAGUACGCGCAACGCAAGCAAAAUGGACGUGCAGGCUCGCUAGAGAGCUCAGCCGCCGACUCGACCGAGACAGUUGUGGACGCAAGUGAUGAACUGGCCAGCCACGACAAUGCCGCUGACAUCCCCGAAUCCACUGAUCAAAACAAAAUUGACAUAAAAAUACAAACCAAUCGUGACUUUUCCAAAACCAUUGGUGAUCUCUACGAGAGUAUUGCCCAAACUGCCAAGGCCGCCACAUACGGCAGCAAUAAUAUCGGCAUUGCUAGUGGCGCCGGCAAACUCUCAAGCUGCGAUGAGAGCGAGGAGACUUUUGCCAGUGAAACAGAUUGUGACGAAGAUCAGCGCAUGCUGGUGGAGGAACAAGAAUCAUUGGAGCGACAGAUACGAGAAUUGGAAAACACCGAAAUCGAUGUUGAUACUGAAACAGAUGAGACUGAUGGUGAGGUGGCAUUGGAGCAUGAUCACGAUUGCAACGAAGCGGCAGAUCAAUUGCUCGAUGACGCCUCAUCGAUUGCCUUGCUGUCAGCCGGUGAAGAUGGCAUGGAUCCGAAUCUCAGUUUGGAAAUGCGCUAUCAUGCUUUACUUUCGGAAAUGUCGCGCGUUGAACGUGAGGAAGCAUUGGCCACGCUGCAGGCGUAUGUGGCGCGCCAUCCUGGACGCGCACAGGAGCUGCAUCAGAAGCUGUCCUCGCCGUCGCGCCGACGUUCACUGCACGAAACACUCAAGAAAUAUCAGGCAAAGCAUGCGCGUGCGCAACAAAAACGUGAGCAGGUGCAAAAGGAGAAAACCAUUAAAAUACAACAACUGCUCGCGCGCGUAGAAGAUGUGAAGGCGGCCAAGCGCCAGCUUAUCGAGGACAAACGGCUAAAAAUGGAGGAUAAAAUGCAGCGCGCCGCAGAGAACCGCGAACAAUAUUUACGGCAAAUAGUGGAGAAAGCGCACGAUGAGGACAAGAAAUUAAAGGAGAUAAAUUUCAUCAAAAAUAUCGAAGCGCAAAAUAAGCGCUUAGAUUUACUCGAAUCGUCUAAAGAUGCUGAGGGUCGGCUACAAGAUUUGGAGCAAGAGCGGCAAAAGCGCUUGGAAGAGAAAGCUGCGCGCGAGGCAGCAGUGGAGCGACGACGCCAAGAGUUGGAAAAAGAGCGCCAACGUAAGUUGGAAAAAAUGAAUGAGACGCGUUUGGAAAAAGAGCAACGUAUUGGUAAAAUGCAGGAGCAAAAAGAGCGCCAGCGACAGGCAUUGGCACGCGAGAAGGCGCGCGACCGUGAAGAGCGUUUGCUGGCACGUCAAACACAACAACAACAGACCACUGAGGAGCUGCAGCGUAAGAUAUUGCAAAAGCAGCAGGAUUCGGCGCGCCGUCAUGAGGAGAACAUCGAGCAUAUACGCCAACGCGCGCUCGAACUGACACUGCCCACGCGCAACACGGACGAGAAUGGUGUGCAGCGCGAUGAAAACGGCGAAAUAGUGACGGAAGAUGGCGACUUGUCGUCGACCGUGUCAGAUGUGGGCAGUCGCGAACACACGCGCGGCUACAAAAAGAAACUCAAAAAGUUGAAGCAGCGCAUGGCACAGAGUGCCGAGGAGUACAUGAAGGAACAACAACCGGUGCCAUUGCAUAUGAAACGUGAAAGUCAAGUGCCGAAAUAUUUGAAUCUCGUGAGCAAAGGUGGUGGCGCUCAAGGCUUGGAACGCGCUGUCAGCCAGCUGCUGCGUCUUAUGAGUAAAGCGCAAGUAUUCGAUUUUCAGUGCUUCCUGCUGAUGGAUGGGCUGGGUGUUAUCACCACGAAUGUGAUAAGCAAAAGUAUGCAGGAGAACAAUGACAUUCCAAAGAGAGCUGUUGUGCUCGCUGUGCAAUUGUACCGCAAUGCUUGCACGCUUUGUCCGCAAAUCGCGCGUCAUGCCAUACUUGGAAAUACAUUGAGCGCGCUAUUCGAUGUGCUAUUCCAGAGUUUGCAGCUUCCCGAAGAAAAAUCACCGCAACAUCCUGUCGAGUUAUCCACUGAAUUAAUGCUCGCCUGCACGGUAGCCAUGUCACCGUCCUACACGAAGAAGCAUACCCACCCCAAAGUAUUGGAACGCCUACCGGAUUUGAUAAGUUAUGCCGUCAUCAUUGGCCUCAUAGAAAUCCUGUCGCGCCGCUGUAUGAAGAUACGCGAGUCCAUUGAGAACCAUCAAAGUGUGGUACUCUCAUUAUUGGCCACGCUUGGCUUCCUCACGCGCUUCAUUGAUGUUUGUCCAGCAGGACCCACAGAUACGACGCGUUUCCUAAGCGCGGCAAAAUCCACGGAGCUCUUCGGUUCAGUCUCAAUGCUCUAUGCGUGCGUUGUGCCAAUCGGUGAAUGCAUUCCAUCGCGUACGGUUUCAUUGGCGGCAGCUACUUUCAAUCUAUUGGUCUCUAUGGCGGUGCUGGACUUGGCGACGUUUCAGGAUGUCAUGUCCAGUGAAACGCUCUCACUUAAAUUCCUCGAUGUUGUCACCAUUUUGCUCAAAUAUUGCGGCAAUAAGUGUUCGGCGGCUAAAAAUAGUGAGACACAGGCUGUGAUUAUUGAUCUUAUAGCGACAAUUGGUUUCCUCUGUGCCAACAACAAAAAGAAUCAAGAUCUACUCACCUCAGAGCAAUGUUCCAUUAUAAUUAAGAGCUUAACCAAAUUACCUGAACAUUUGAAUGUGGUCGUUUAUCCCUGCUUAGUCACCAUAACGUUCCAAAAUCAGAAUGCUCGCAAUGUGAUAGCACGUGAUUUUAAUUUAGAAUUUCUGGAUGAGUAUAGUAAAUCAGAGAAAGCCAAGAAGAACCAUCUAAUCGCUUUGCUCAAAGAGAAGACCUAAACGUAUCAAAAACAACAAAACAAAAAAGUCAAUAAAUACAUAUACACGGCGCUUAUGACUGGAUCGAAAUAUUCGCGUUGACAAUUUCGAGUGUCAUUUGUGAAGAAUAUUUUUAACGAUCCUUGACUGCCUUCCCAAUUGAUAGAGAAACAAAAUUUACAUUCACUUACACGUAUUCGUAGCAGUAAAAUGAAAAAAAAAAACAAGAAAUUUAUUAUUUACCAAUACUACUACCAAAUGACACAAACAUGCAUACUUACACAUCGCCCGCUUUUUGGCAUAGACUUGAAUGUGUAAAAAUGGAAAUGCUGGGCAAUCAAGUUUGAAAGUUUAUUGCACUGUGAAAAUUAGAGGUUUUGGUAUAACAAAGAACAUCCAAAAGCUAGUGAAAUUUGCACAUUCUUGCCUCUGGCAUAGGGGGGGACGACAUGUAGAACAAACAAAAAUGUGAAAAAUAAAUUUGUAGGUUCGUAAAUAAUCGCAAUAAUUUAAAUAUUAAUAAAUAACUUUUUGCACCAAUUUAAGCAGUAAUAACAAAUAAUGAAAAUGCAGAAGAAGCGAUAAAGUUUAAAAAUUAUUGACAUCUUAGAAUUUUGCUUUACACAAAUAAAUAUACACACAUUCACCAAAACAUACCCGGAAUGACGUGAUAGUAAAGUUUUUACCUAGCGCUUUUUGUAAUGAAGUUGAAAAAGAAGAAGAAAAAGAAGAAGGAAAGGACGAGAAAGAAUAAGAAGAAUGCAAUCAAUAAGUACUUGAACUUUGUAACAUUCGAUUCCUGUUUAUUUGUUUUUGCUUUUAAGUCACUAAAACGUAAAUUAUUUAUGCACUAAAUUAGAAAUAUAAUUAUAGCUGUAGUUUUUUAUUCUUAAUAUUUUUUAUACGCCUUAUGUUUGCAUGUCUAAAUACGCUAUUUAACAAAGACUACUCUUAAUUCAAGCCAUUAAUUUUGCUCAUUCUCGAAUCGAUAUAUGAAUAUACACUGCGCGAAAAAAGUAUAGCAUACAUACAAGUUUGAAACCAAUUUCAUAUUUCACUUAAACUUAAAAAAAUAUUUCUUAAAAAAAAACUAUAAAACAAAAUAUUUCUUAAACAAAAAUUAUGUCUUAAAAAAAUAUUUUUUAAAAAAUAUUUUCUUAAAAAAAAUGUGUCUCUUGAAAAAAAUUAUUUCUUUAAAAAAAUAUUUUCUUUAAAUAAAUAUAAUGAGUGUAUACACUGCACGAAAAAAGUAUAGCAUACAUAUAAAUUUGAAACUAAUUUCAUAUUUCACUUAAAUUAAAAAAAAAAUUAGAAAAAAAACAAUUCACUAAAAAAAGUUAUUUCUUAAAAAAAUUAUUUCUUCAAAAAAAUUAUUUCUUUAAAAAAAAUAAUUGUUUAAAAAAAUUACUUCUUUCAAAAAAAUGUUUUCCUUAAAAAUAUAUUUUCUCUAAAAAAAAUUAGAUUUUAAAACAAAUUAUUUCUUUCAAAAAAUAUUUCUUAAAAAGAAAUUACGUUAAGAAAAUUUGUUUCUUACAAUAGCGGUCUUUUUUGAAAGAAAUUAUUUCCUAAAAAAAUGUUUCUUUAACCCUCCGGUGAACACCGUUUUUAAAACCUUCGGUUGAGCACCCGGGUCUUGCCUUUUUUGACCUAUUCGAGGAUUCUUUUUUAAAGGUUAUGCCCAUAAAUCGAAAGAGAAUGAAAUUUUAGAAAGCUACCUGUAACCUCAAAUCGUUACCAAUGAAAUAUGUUAAAUUCACAUCCUUAAUCGAAAAAGUCUAGCCUGAAAAUUAUUUCUUAAGAAAAGUGUUAUUUCAUAAAAAAAGCAUUAUUUCUUUAAAAAAAUUAU